UUUUCAAUGAAUCUGCUGAAACUGUUUACAAAACAUUCUGAACGAUUCGUUCAACUUUUCAGGCAACAUAAUUAAUUUUAGUAUUGUUUAACGUCAGUGCUAAUUAUACUUGGGUUCUAUAUACUUGCAUACACGUUCCUACAUAUUUGGUCAAUAUACAUUAUUCCUGCAUGGAAGGUUAACAGAAUUGCUGAAUCGUUUUUGAAACAAAACACUGUUCGAAAGAAUCGAUUCUUUCAGUACUACCGUUAAAUUCUUCCGGAAACCCUCUAUUUGAACACUACAAAUUCUUCAGUUAAACAGGUGCAACGUUUACGGUAAAAUUUCAGUUUAUAAUACUUUGAGGUCGUGAUUUAUAGUAUAGAGUUUAUUAAGUAAGUUUAUUAAUAUUUUCUCCGUGUUUUCGCGGGUUCCACCCGGAAUGUUUUUGUAGUUGUACACAUUCAUGUCCCGCCGUUAUAUUCAACUGCGAACAUGUCCAGCACUGUUAUGUCAGGGAACCACGAGGAUCAACAAAUGUCUGCUUUAGAGGAAACGAGGACGAGUCUUUGCGACGAGUUUGCCUCUAUCUCUGGAUCGGACAGUGCCGUGGCCCAGUAUUAUUUAGCAGAAAAUGAAUGGGACAUGGAGAGAGCAUUGAACUCUUUCUUUGAAGCUCAUAUGGACUCAGUCUUUGAUGUUGAAGACGCAGAGGAAACUAAAGAUGUGUCUGGGAAUAAGAGAAAGGGGAUGAACUCUUCUGACACUGCUGAUACUUCAGGAACAAAGAAGAAAUUUAAGACGGACAAGGUGGAUUGCAUUGACUUGACAGCAGAGGAACCCACUUGCUCCAGCAGCGUGACUGUGAAUGUGAAGAACAGUCAGGCUGAAAGUGCCGUAACCGAAUCUGAUGCAGAGGACGGCAAGUUCUCAAUCAUCAGCUGGAAUGUGGAUGGUUUGGACACAUUAAGUCUUGCAGAGCGUGCCAGGGGCUUGUGCUCAUAUCUAGUUCUAUAUACACCAGAUGUGGUUUUUCUUCAAGAACUCAUUCCAUCUUAUAUUCAGUAUCUUAAGAAACGUGCUGUCAGCUACCUGUUUGUUGAAGGGAGCGAUGAUGGUUACUUCACGGCAAUAAUGUUGAAGAAAUCAAGAAUAAAACUUUUGGAAAGUGAGAUCAUCUGUUAUCCUACGACACAAAUGUUGAGAAAUCUGUUAGUUGCUCAGGUGACUUUCUCAGGUCAAAAGCUGUACUUGAUGACAUCACAUUUAGAGAGCUGUAAGAACCAAUCAGAGGAGAGAAUGAAACAACUGCGGGUCAUAUUUCAAAAGAUGAAGGAAGCACCAGAAGAUUCCACUGUCAUUUUUGCCGGAGACACCAAUCUCAGAGACACUGAGGUGGUACAGGUUGGAGGUUUGCCUCCAGGUGUGUGCGACGUGUGGGAACAGCUGGGCAAACAGGAACACUGCCGAUACACUUGGGACACCAAAGCAAACAGCAAUAAGACUGUGCCUUACAUCAGCAGAUGUCGCUUCGACCGCAUCUUCCUUAGGUCUGCUAAAACUGGCCCAGGAGUCACUCCUGACCACAUGGUCUUGGUUGGAAUGGAGAAACUAGACUGUGGCCGUUAUACCAGUGAUCACUGGGGAAUUUACUGCACUUUCAACACAUGAUCUUUAAAUGCCAAAAAGACCAGAUGUGUGGUUUUAAAGAGUGUUUGUACUAAAACUAAAGAAUGUUUUGAAGAGUGUCUACAAAUUUAGAUUGAAGAUCAUUGUGAAAAAAUAUUUAAAUAAAUAAGGCCUUGAUUUA